GGAAAUGUUGGUGCAGACAGUGUAUGGGUGCUGACGCGGGUCGCCCCCCGCUGUAGCUCCCCGGUCUCCACUGUGGAUUUACAUGCUCUGAUUUCCGUGGGAGUGGGAAGUUUGGAGAGGAGGGUGGCGGAGCCUUUUAGGAGCCGAGGAACCAGGCGCCAACAGUGAAACUUUACAACUUAACCACCGGCCUACGCUACCAGCUGACCGCCGUCUGACGGGCGACUUUUCUGGGGCUGUUUUUCGCCUCUGUCCGCCGACUCUGGAGCUGGGAGUGGGAGCCCUGUUUUUUUCUCCGGAGAAGUCGGGAAACAGCUUGAGUUGAACCCGGGUUGAAGGGCUGUGGCCAUGGCCGGGGGAGGCGGUGGCGGAGGUGGGGUUGUGUCUCCGUUGGGGCCCGCACCGCCGAUGUGGUAUCACCGGGACCUGAGUCGAGCCGCGGCCGAGGAGCUGCUCGCCCGGGCCGGGAGGGACGGUAGCUUCCUGGUGCGGGACAGCGAGAGCGUCAACGGGGCUUACGCUUUGUGCGUACUAUUUCAGAAGCACGUCCACACGUACAGAAUCCUCCCAGACGAAGAGGGGUUUCUGGCUGUACAGACGUCUCAGGGCGUGCAGCCUAAGCGAUUUAAGACAUUACCAGAGUUGGUGUUGUUGUACCUGCAGCCAAGUCAGGGUCUGGUCACCACCCUGCUGUACACCGUGGACAGAGAGGAAACGGCUGUCAGUGACGAGAGAGACUAUUCAGAUGGGGAGGAUGAGAAGCCACCCCUUCCCCCUCGCUCUGCCUCCACCUCAACUCCUCCUGGACCAGACACACCUACAGACAGCCCUCCAGCUGCUAAUGGCCUGAGCACCAUCUCCCAUGAGUACCUGAAGGGCAGCUAUGCUCUGGACCUGGAAGCUGUCAAACAGGGAGCCUCCUCCCUGCCUCACCUCAACAAGACACUAGUGGCCUCCUGCAAACGCCUUAAUGGGGAGGUGGACAAGGUUUUGUCUGGUCUGGAGAUUCUGUCUAAAGUCUUUGAUCAGCAGAGCGCCUUCAUGGUCUCCAAGAUGAUCCAGCAGUCAGUGAAUCAGGGUGGAGACCAGGAGUUGGAGAACCUUGUGACCAAGCUGGCCAUUCUCAAAGACCUGCUGUCCUCUAUAGAGAAGAAGGCUCUGAAAGCUCUCCAGGACAUGAGUUUGUCAUCUCCAACCUCCCCCGCUCCUCUGUCCAUGCGUCACAGCAAAGCAAUCCCUGUGCAGGCCUUCGAGGUCAAGCUGGACGUUUAUCUGGCAGAACUGACAAAGAUUGGAAAGAGUCAGAAGUACACUCUGUCCGUGGACGUGGAGGGAGGACGACUGGUGGUGAUGAAGAAGGUGAAGGACAGCCAAGAGGACUGGACAACCUUCACCCAUGACAAGAUCCGUCAGCUGAUCAAGUCUCAGCGAGUGCAGAAUAAACUGGGCAUUGUUUUUGAGAAGGAGAAGGACAAGAGCCAGAGGAAAGACUUCAUCUUUGCUAGUGCCAAGAAGCGGGAGGCAUUUUGCCAGCUGCUGCAGCUGAUGAAGAACAAACAUUCCAACCAGGACGAACCAGACAUGAUUUCUGUCUUCAUAGGCACCUGGAAUAUGGGCUCAGUGCCGUCACCUAAGUCUGUGGCCUCCUGGGUGUUGUGCCGCGGCCUCGGGAAGACCCUGGAUGAGAUGACGGUCACCAUCCCUCACGACCUCUACGUGUUUGGAACUCAAGAAAACUCAGUGUGUGAUCGGGAAUGGGUGGAGUCACUACGGGCCAUGUUGAAAGAACAGACUGAGCUGGAUUAUAAACCGAUCGCAGUGCAGACUCUGUGGAACAUUAAGAUCGCCGUGUUGGUGAAACCUGAACAUGAAAACCGAAUCAGCCACGUGGGAAUGUCAAGUGUCAAGACGGGCAUCGCCAACACACUGGGAAACAAAGGAGCUGUUGGUGUUUCCUUCAUGUUCAAUGGGACGUCUUUUGGUUUUGUGAACUGUCACUUGACAUCAGGGAAUGAGAAGAUUGCCAGGAGGAACCAGAACUACCUUGAUAUCCUCAGGCUGCUGUCAUUAGGGGACAAACAACUGAGCUCCUUCGACAUCUCACUGCGCUUCACGCACCUCUUCUGGCUGGGAGACCUAAACUACAGGCUGGAUAUGGAUAUACAGGAGAUCCUAAACUACAUCAACAGGAAGGAGUUUGACCCUCUGCUGAAGGUGGACCAGCUCAACCUGGAGAGGGAGAAAAACAAAGUGUUUCUACGCUUUGCGGAGGAAGAGAUAUCUUUCCCGCCCACCUACCGUUAUGAACGAGGCUCACGGGACACAUAUGUUUGGCAGAAGCAGAAGGCCACAGGGAUGAGGACUAAUGUUCCAUCCUGGUGUGACAGGACCCUGUGGAAGUCUUAUCCAGAAACACACAUUGUCUGUAACUCCUAUGGCUGUACAGAUGAUAUCGUGACCAGUGAUCACUCCCCUGUCUUUGCCACGUUUGAAGUGGGCGUGACCUCCCAGUUUGUCUCCAAGAAAGGUCUGCCAAAGUCUUCAGAGCAGGCUUACAUCGAGUUCGAGAGCAUCGAGGCCAUAGUGAAGACGGCGAGUCGAACCAAGUUCUUCAUCGAGUUCUACUCCACUUGUCUGGAAGAGUUUAAGAAGAGCUACGAGAACGACAGUCAGAGCAGCGACAAUGUCAACUUCCUGCGUGUGGGCUGGUCCAACAAGCAGCUGACGACGCUCAAACCUCUCCUCUCAGAGAUCGAGUACCUUCAGGACCAACAUCUGCUGCUGACGGUGAAGUCGCUGGAUGGAUACGAGUCCUACGGAGAGUGUGUGUUGGCUCUUAAGUCAAUGAUAGGCAGCACAUCUCAGCAGUUCCACACGUACCUGUCCCACCGCGGCGAGGAAACGGGAAAUAUUAGGGGGUCCAUGAGGGUCAGGGUCCCCGCUGAAAGAAUGGGAACCAGGGAGAGACUUUACGAAUGGAUCAGUGUGGACAAGGAUGAGACAGGCGGACCUAAAGGGAAAGGCUCACUGGUAUCCAGAGUGGGACAUGAAUAUGUCAAGCCGUCUAUGGUUCGUAAACCGUUAGGAGAGCUGAGCAAGGUCAGUGAGGAGGGAGAGAGGACCAGCAAGGAAGAAACUGCUGCAAGACCUAAACAAGAUGCAUCAGAGGGUGAUUCAUCCGUCAGCAAGAACAGCUACAAUAAUCCUGCCUACUACUGCCUGGAAGGCGUUCCCAACCAGUCUGCAGCUGCUCUCUCACCCGAAAUCCUCCCCUCUCCUACGUCCGCAAACCCCCUGGCAGCUAAAGGCCCUCUUCCCUCAUCUGGAGCUCGUACCAAACCCCCGUGUCCGACCUCAGGUCCCCCUCAACCGCGAAGACACCUGUCGGGACACCCGGUCCGUGCUAUUAGCGAGGAGGGCUCCUCAGAGGACGAUGGAGGCGCUUGUGUGGCUGGGGCGCAGGGUGGAGGCGUCGGGGGAACAGUUGGAACCACACUGAAUCGACCCCCACCUGACUUCCCCCCUCCACCUCUCCCUAAGGGAGCCCUGGAGAUGGUUGCAGAGGCGGCCUUCCCCAAACCACGGCUUCUUUACCCGGACCUGGCUGAGGUCAGGAUCCCGGCAGCAAGUUCCGGUGCACCGCUGGGUCUGGGGGAGGGUUUCAGGAGAGGAGGAGGAGGCGGAGGAGGAAGUGCAGGAGGAGGCGGGGGAGGCGGAGGUGGAGCAGGGGCGUUGGAUGACCAAUCCUGUUCUGUGCUCCAGAUGGCAAAGACACUGAGUGAAAGUGAGUUUCCUGGACCUCCUCCACGGGCUCCGUCAGCGCCGCCUCUCCGAGGGCAACCGAUUGGUAUGGGUCUGGAGGCCUGUCGCACCUUCCCACCCAGACAUCCCUUCCCAGAGAGCAUCGCAGAGGACAUGCCUGAGGAGGGACUUUGGGCCAGCAGUAGUUCCUCUUUGUCUGUCGUGGACUCUUCAGUAGGAGAGUGGCUGCAAAGACUGGGACUGGAAAGGUAUGAGCAGGGCCUUCUACACAACGGCUGGGACGACCUGGAAUUCCUCAGUGACAUCACAGAGGAGGACCUGGAGGAGGCGGGGGUGCAGGACCUCGCUCACAAACGGAUCCUGCUGGAGAGCCUCAGAGAGCAGCAACAGCCAUAAACCGCAGCCCACUGGUCUGUGACUGGUCCAAACCGGCCCAGCACUGCACCAGUCCCCGAAAGGCCAAGAAUCGCCGCUGAACUGAACUAGGCUGGAAUGUGCCAAUUGAUGCCAGACUGUGCCUUCUGAGAGAACUUGCACUCUGUUUGUACUUUCAAAAACCAUCGUCCCUUUUCACAUCAUGUACUGUAUGUGUGUUGUCGCCGAGCUCGUGGCCUUAUUUAAUGAUCAUUUCACUUCCUAACCCUUGGCUUUGAAGCUUAGCGAGAAGACGUAGGAUGAGCUGAUGAGACACGACUCACAUGUGGAGCCGCUGAUGUUCUAUGUUGCCUCAUCACCUCUAUCCUGCCACUUCAAGCUACAUUUAAAGCUUGUCUUUCUUUCUUUCUCCCGAGAGGAGCAAGAGUUUUCUCACCAAUGGUAAAUUUCUAACUUUUAUGUUUAAAAGCAAAAUAAGAAGGGGGGGGGGGGGGGUCAUUAGAAACCUGAGCUUUGAAAAACACCCUGCCUGUGUUUUGUCCCCUCAGUUCAGACUCUUUUUAGCGACACUGUUUUUCUCCAAGUCUCAGGUUUGUCCCCGGCCACACUCACAUUUUGGAAACUCUCAGGAGUCAUUUCGACCCACGGCCGAGGAACCCCCUCACUUCUGUGAUGGAUGCAGACAUGAAGCUGUGACAGGAGACAAGAAUUUUCAAAUAUUCCACUCUUGUGAUGACAUCAGGGCCACUGUUAGUGAAACAGUGGCAUCUAUUGUCUAAGUGUAUCUGCGUGUAUUUAAGGUUUUUAUGUUGUUUAUUUUACGAUAAAGGGAAAAUAGAGCAAAUCUACCAAACCUGCCCUCCUAGAGCAGAAAGUGCACUCGGGCACACAGUUCAAGUGACUGUGUUAGCCGUCAGGUUUCGACACCGCCCGCCCCCUACUGUGUGAGCUGCACAUUCAACACUAACGUUUCAGUUUUGUUUUCCAGCGCUCACCGAUACUUUAACUUAAAUGGAAAAUGGCGCACGGUAGCAUGAUGUUUCUUUGUCUAGUCCAAAACAUUUUAGUAGUCAUAGCAAUAGCAUCACACUUGUAGUAGAGGUAAUAAACGCUGAACCAAAAUUAAUAAUCAUUUCAAAAUGAUUAAUGUUCACAGUUUAAUUGUGAGGGUUGGAAUCUCAAUUUACAGAAGCAAACAAAUCUUGUGUAUCCAGGUUUGGCAUUUGUCCCAUUUCUUACUCAUUUAAUUUGAGAUAGAGUGAAUGGAGCAGUGUGAGAAGAAUUGAUUGACAUGACCGAGCAGACCAAUGCAUGGUUAUGUUUCUGAAGUUUUCCUAAACUAUCACGUUAGCAUUGACUGAGAAACCGUCUUAUUAUAUAGUGUCAAAAUUUUUCCUACUUUACAGAUUUGAUUUGGUUCAUAAAUGACUAAAUAUUGAAUUAGUUAUUGGAUCAUUGCAUAUUUGUACACAUGGAAAAAGAUGUCACCUCUCAUAAAUCAUUAUAAACAGGACAGAACUAUCUGAUUUCUGCAGGACACAGAUAGCAUGUUCACUGAUCGCCCAGCAGGUGGUGCUACUAAACCUCCUCAGUAGAUAACUGGAAACCUUGUAGGGGACAAAAGACUCAACCAAGAAGUUUCUACCCUUUCUUUUUUUUAAAUUAAUAUUAGUUGUUUUUACGCAGUUAAAAUCUUAGCCUGUUAAUAUUACCAUUGCCUUUAUUUGCCCGCAAUUUAAAUCCUGCCUCCUCUUCUGCCUGUCAGACCAGACGUCAAACCCAAAAGCCAGUUUAUUGUCGUUUAAACAGACUUUCUGCUGACGCCUGUCACUUCUCCGUCAUCGAGGUGGAUCACAUGUAAAUGUUCUCCUGCAGUUAAGCACACAACUUGCUUUUGAACCUUUAGAACGAUGUAAACACAAUUGCCCCGAGACUACUUGGGAAAAGCAGAACUCUAAACUGUAAGUGAAAUUGCUGUUUAGUCAUUGGGACUAGAAUAGGGUGAAACUGCAGCUUCAUUCACACGCCCCAUUGAAUGAUGUUGCUAACGUGCGUUGUUAGACUCAGCUACUUAUGUGUCAUCUAAUUGUUUAACAGCCAUAAUACGGAAAAUGUGGAUCUUCUGUUCAGACGUCUUCAAUCUAAUGUGUGUUUUUUUAAGCCUCUUUGGCCUUUCAGUGUUCUCAGUGGUGUGUGAGUGAGAGAGAGAGUGUGUUUGUAUUUGUGUGCAUGAGUGGAAAAAAAUUAUGCUCUUGUUUUCUAUGUCACACAUUGUUCAUUAGUUUAUAUGUAGUCUCCUCUGUUGGUUGUGUUAACUUAAAUGCAAGUUGUUCACCCAUGUAAUUUUGUUUUUUUUCAAUUAAAAUCUAAUAUCUUUCCUUA